CUUUGUGUUUGUCCUGCCGGAUAUGAAUGAUAUGCUGCCUGAAGUCAACUACGACAGACUGCCAAACAGGUCUGCAUCCCUAUUGCAGACGGUUCACAUGGAUAUUUUACAACAGACAGAAGAACUAAAGGAGUACGCUAGGACGAACAUAGACGCCCUGCCGAAAGAGGAUAUGAAAACGAUUCGCAAGCGAGGCAAGCGCUCUGCCCCAUUGGCGUUUAUUGGGGGUCUCAGCAAAUCAUUAUUUUGUACGGCCACUUACGAUGAUGUCGCAAAAGUGGCCAGAAAGGUGAAUAGGAUCAUUGCCACUGAACGGAAAUUGGACAAGGGCGUUCUUCACUUGACGGAGAACCUGGAAAGUUACAUGAAAGUUAACGACGACCGGACUGACAGAAUUAAAGCCCUGGUUGAUGCCACUCAUGGCGAAGUACAGGCUGUUGAGAAAACCUUGCAGGCAAUGCGAUCAAUGGAAAAAGUCAAAAAGGAGUUCCUUAUCAAUCUUACCACCGCAAUGGAUUCACAAAUGUACAUCGCUGGAAAGUUACGAGAGAGGUUGAUCGAGAUACGGUACGCCAUUGACGCGCUCAGCGAGGGAAAGCUUCCGAAAUCCCUCAUUACGGUCCAGGAUAUACAGUCCGUCCUAACUGACGCAAAUGAGCAGAUUGGAGUACGGAAACACUUCGGCGAUCGGUUUCGGUUCACGGUUCUGACCCCCAUUUCUACUUGACGCAACCUAACUUUUUGUCGUACACCUUGUUAGGAAUCGGGAGAUUGGGGAUACAAUCAAGAUGCCGGUCGGAGUGGAGUCCGCGUACAAUCUGUUCCGUUUGCAAACUUGGGUCGUGCCAGUUUCCAGCAAGUCGAAAUUCGACACGUAUAUACAGGACUUGCCUCUCUACUUAGCAUUGAC